AAAAGAUGUAGAAAUCCACAGCACUUUGCUAUUAUUAAUAUUUUAUUUCAUGACAAUAAAGACAUAACCCCCAAGGCAUCAAAUGCUGCUGUGGCAGUGGCACUAUCCCUGUAUAUGAAAUUUUCUCUGGGCUGUGAGAGAGAAGUUUCAGAGGCUGCAAAUGGUGUCUCAGAUGAACUAAAGAGCGAGAGAAUUAUACGGUUAUCAUGGGCUCUUGUUCAUUCCAAACAACCAGAAGACAUGCAGCAUGGGAUAGCUAUGCUUGAAGCCUCAUUAGCCAAUAGUGGCAGCCCAUUGCAAAAGAGGGAAAAGCUUUAUCUUCUUGCUGUUGGGUAUUACAGAAGUGGUGAAUAUCGAAGGAGCAGGCAGCUUGCAGAACAAUGUUUAGAGAUUGCACCUGAUUGGAUGCAAGCUUUGACCCUCAAGAAGACUCUUGAUGAUCAAAUCACUAAAGAUGGGCUUAUUGGAAUAGGCAUCACUGCAACGGUUGUAGGACUUGUGGCUGGUGGGAUUGCUGCCUCUUUAGGUUGAAAAAAUUGGUUAAUUCAAUAUUGACUGCAGAAUAACAUACUACCAAAAUUGUCUUGGGUCAAUUUCCUUUUCUUUUUAUAUUUUUUAUUUUUUAUUUUUUAAUUUUUAUUUUUUAUUUUUUUAUAUUGACAAGCGUAAUUGUAGAAAGUAGGAAUGGACACCACUGCUUGAAUCCAACCCGUUGGCAGCUUGUUAUUGUUUUGGUGAAGUAGAUUGAUAAUUCAAAUAGAUGAGAAUUACCGUUGUUGAUUGAACUCUACUUAAUUCAUUGAUCUUAUUAUAAAUAAAUUUUAGUACGA